AUGGAGAACCAGUCAACUGACAUUGCAGCGGGUCCCGAAGUCCAUGCCCAUAGGACUGACCAACCACCCUUGGCUGGCGAUGAGUUGUCAAUUGCGACUUCGUCCCAUGGUGUUACAUUCACGGAAGAGCCGUACAGCGCUCGCCAACCCAAGAAAAGAGGAAAUUGUCGUUAUUUUACAACUAAGAAAGGCUGCCGUGCCGGUGCUGAAUGCCCGUAUGUCCACGAUAGCUCUAUUGGUGGGCAGAGCGUGACUUCAGCAGAUCAGCAAUCUGGUUCUCAUGAUGCCACAGAUGCUCAACAAAAUCUAGAACUCAAUAGAACUCCUCAAAAUAAGGAUGUGGCUGCCAAUGAGCAACAGUCUAAACAGCCUACAACGGUCUCACAUGCUGCUCAGCCUCAUAGGCCAGUUUCUAAAACAGAGCAAAAAGACCCGAGAGAGUUUCAGCUAAACCAAUUGCGACGACGUUUUCAAGUACAAGAGAAGACAGACAGCGAUGGAACUAUUCUAGAAUUUGGAUUGGCCCCCUCUGACCCUGACUUCCCAUUUGAAUUGAAUGCACUACAAUGCGUGCUGCAUGUUCCGAAGUCAUAUCCCGCCUCGGGUCGACCGACGCUUAUAGUAACUAAUCCAGAAAUGGAACCUGCAUAUCAAUCAAAUGUCGCGAGAGGAUUCGACGACAUUGUGGACUUCACAUUGCGAACAAAUGGCCGCGGCACACUCCUCAAUUGGACGAACAGUCUUGACAGGCAGCUGGAAAAAUUGCUCACAUCCCUCGAAAGAGGUCCCAAGCUCAAGUUUGUUGCUAAUGUGGGCACUGGAACAGCCGACAGGGGCUCAGUAUCUACCAGCAAGACUGCCACCCAAGCUCCCGUUGAAUUACCUGUUUUAUCAAAGCCAAUACCUAAGGCUGCUGUCAAGCCCAGAGCACCGCCAAAGCCUCAUGUUGCAAGAAAUGUAUAUACGGCCGAUCAAAAGGCCCAGGCUGAGAAAAGGAGAUCCCUGGAGGCGAAGCAGAUUGAAGCUCGACUUGGCAGACUUCCACUUUUCCAGAAACAAUCAGAGACUUCCUUUGUCAUUCCGAUUCAGCCAAACAAGAGGGAUCGUCUUCCUGGCCAGCUCCAGGCUGUGAAGGUAGUGAGACUUCUGGUUCCUGCAUUGUAUCCACUUGAACAUUCCAUCAUCGAAAUCCAAAAUAUCGACUCUCCAGAAGCCAGAUCCGUAGAGAUUGGCUUUGCACAGUGGAUAGACAAGAAUUCCCAGUUGAAUCUGGUCUCCCAGAUCAAUUACUUGGCCAGCAAUAUGCACAAUUUUGCCAAGACACCAUUGCCUGAAGUUGCUGAUCAUUCGCAACAUGAACAUCUUCAUACGGAAACGGUUGAGACUCUAUCUCCCAAAUCAGAAAAGCCCAAUGAUGCUGUCUCCGCUGAGGAUCCAGAUCGACCACACCUGCACGUCAUCCCACGUCCACCUGAGUGGUCAGUGACUGAAAACAAUGACGAUAGCGAGAUGAGUGACGAGUCGAGCUUUGAAGAAACUUCCGAAGAGGAGGAGGGCGACGACAACAGUGAAGGUGGCGCAACAGUCCCUAUAGCAACCGACACACCAGGGCAAGGUGUUGCAUUAUCAUUCCCUUUCCUAGAGCUCUACGGAAUAGAGCUAUUGGAGACUAUGUAUCUUGCGAUCACGAUCAAGUGUGAGAGGUGCAAGGAAACAAUGGAUAUCAAGAACGUCCCGAAUAUCACGGAUCCGAAGAGCACACCAAAAGUGGAGUCUUGCAACAAAUGUGCCAAUUCUAUGACUAUUGGCUUCCGCAAGCAACUGAUGCACUCUCACGCUAAUCGUGCUGGUUAUCUGGAUAUGGACGGUUGCACUGUUGUGGAUCUUCUUACAAGUACCUUCAUUCCAACCUGCUCCGAGUGCUCAACUCCAUACCAUGCACCCGGUGUGUCGGCAGUCCGUGGAGAAAGUGCCAUGGCAAUGUGCCGUCAUUGCCAUCGCAAAAUGGUUUUCAAACUCCCCGAAGUGAAGUUUUUGCUUGUGGGAAGCGCCGCCAUUUCAUCUCGAUCCGGCCUCUCAUUGAAGAAGAAACCUAAAGAGGUUCUGGGAAUUGUUGCUGGACAAGAGCUUCCUCGACGUGGCCGCUGCCAACAUUACAGCAAGAGUUAUCGUUGGUUCAGAUUCAGUUGCUGUGCUAAGGUGUUCCCCUGCGAUAAAUGCCACGACGCAGAAACCGAUCAUCCAAACGAACACGCAAAUCGUAUGAUAUGCGGAUUCUGCUCUCGUGAACAAAUUUACAGACCCGAGAACUGCGGUAUCUGCAAAGCAGUGCUUAUUGGCAAGGCCGGUAGCGGCUUCUGGGAAGGAGGCAAAGGAACGAGGAAUCGAGCUCUCAUGAGCCGGAAAGAUCCUCGAAAAUAUAAGCGGAGGGGAGCGACUGUCCCUGGUGGUUCGUCUAAAAAGAAGUAG